UUCUCCUCCAUGGUCCGGAAGUCUUCCCAGGGGCCCCUUCUGAGCUUGAUGGCUCGGCGGUGGAUUUGGGCUGCGGCGAGAGAUUAAGCUAGAAGAGCCCGCUAGUGCCAAAGUCAAAGAAAGACCCGGCGGAGGAGCUUCGGCCUGAUUUUAUUGAUUUGUCUUCAGCCCGGUCUUUGUAUCAGAUUGAGAGUAAGAUGAUGGAUAGGAAGGUGUCAGAUAACCUUGCACGUCUCUCUGCCCUGCUGGAUGCUGGGGCGUUAGAGACGAACAGGAUAAGGUUUUUAUCCCCGCGUGGGCGGUGGGAGAUCCUCAAAAUAUUGACGUUUCCCUAGCUGGCCAGAUCCUCAUCCAACCCCGUAGAACAAUUACAGCAAUAAUAGAUGUUAUUUAUUGAACAUUUAUUAAAUGCCAAAUAAUAUUCCAAGAGCUUACUCUGCAUUACGUUAUUCACUUCCUACAACAGCAGAGUAGGAUACAGAUGAGGGAACUAAGGUCUAGUGAGAAAUGAAACGAAUUGUUCAAGAUCAGUGGUGUAGUGGGAUUAAAACCUGUGCCCUUUAACCUCUACAGCCAGCACUUUUAACUGUUACUCUAUACUGCUCCCUAGUGGCCAGUUUUUCGCAUUUUGCAGAAAAGAUUAUGACUGUACCUUUUAACUCUGUAGCUGGAGCACAAGAAGUGUUUGUUUAAUGAAUGACGUACACAUUAAAGAUCUGUUUGGAUGCUGAGGAUAAUCCUGUGAAUUGCUAAUAGUUCACUGGGUUUGGCCCUUAGUGUUGACUUCAGUAUGCUGAGACGAAAACCAACACGCCUAGAGCUAAAGCUUGAUGACAUUGAAGAGUUUGAGAGCAUUCGAAAGGACCUGGAGACCCGUAAGAAACAGAAGGAAGAUGUGGAAGUUGUAGGAGGCAGUGAUGGAGAAGGAGCCAUUGGGCUCAGCAAUGAUCCCAAGAGCCGGGAACAAAUGAUCAAUGAUCGGAUUGGUUAUAAACCCCAACCCAAGCCCAAUAAUCGUUCAUCUCAAUUUGGAAGUCUUGAAUUUUAGAGAUGGAUUAUCUUGCAUGCCAGAGCGCUGGAAUGGAAUAAAAUGAUGGCAGAAGUACAAACCAGAUUUAGAGAAUUGAGUGCUUGCAGUCAAGCAGAAUGUACCUCCUGCAGAGACAAAUCCUUCUGCAUGAGAUUACUGAUGCUUCACUUGCACUCUAAGCUGGAAUCCAAACUCUGGUUUGUCUCUGGAAAAUUUGACUCUAUAAAACUGAUCUGAUUUUUUGUUUUUAAAAAUAAAUAUAUUUUUGGAAAAA